ACACACACACACACACACACAUACACACACACACACACUAAUUCUUUACACCGCUGGGUUUGAUGGAUACCGGUUGUUUCCCCGCGGCGCCGCGUAUUUCGUGCCACGCCAUGAAUGCGGAUUUAUUUAAACCUGCUCCGGAGCGUGGACCCCAACAGUCCUCAGCCCCGGUGAAGACCAGCAGGAAUAAACCCGAACAAACCAAGCCGGAGCUGGCCCAGGUGGUGACGGACUCCAAAACGGGAAGAUCCUACAGCAAAGGGAAGCUUUUGGGAAAGGGUGGCUUUGCUCGAUGCUACGAGAUGACGGACCUCUCCAGCAACAAAAUGUAUGCCGUGAAGGUGAUUCCACAGAGCAGGGUGUCCAAACCACACCAAAGGGACAAGAUCACGAAUGAGAUCGAGCUCCACAAAACCCUGUCGCACAAGCAUGUGGUGAAAUUCUCCCAUCACUUUGAAGACCAAGAAAACAUCUACAUCUUCCUCGAGCUCUGCAGUCGCAAGUCCCUGGCACACAUUUGGAAGGCGAGACACACGCUCACAGAGCCAGAAGUGCGAUAUUACCUCAGGCAGAUCAUAUCCGGCCUCAAGUACAUCCACAGCAGAGGGAUCCUGCACAGAGACCUCAAACUAGGCAACUUCUUUGUCAACGAGAACAUGGAGCUACGGCUGGGAGACUUUGGCCUCGCCGCCAAGCUGGAGACGGUCGAGCAGAGGAAAAAAACAAUCUGUGGGACUCCCAACUACUUGGCCCCUGAGGUGCUCAACAGACAGGGCCACGGCACAGAGUCUGACGUUUGGUCCCUCGGAUGCGUCAUGUACACACUGAUGUGCGGCAACCCUCCAUUUGAGACUCUUGACCUGAAGGAGACCUACAAGUGUAUAAAGGAAGUUCGGUACAACUUGCCAUCCUCGCUCUCCCCCGCUGCACAGAAACUCAUCUCAGGCAUCCUGCAGAAAAACCCCAGUGACAGACUGGCCCUGGAUCAAAUCCUCAACCACGAAUUCUUCACCAAAGGUUUCACCCCUGAUAAGCUUCCCCCCAGCAGCUGUGUGAUGGUGCCAGAGCUCCACCCCCCCAGCCCAGCCAAGAAAUUCUUCACUAAAAUGGCAAAGAGCUUCUUUGGCAAGAAGAAAGCAAAAGUGGAGAAGAUCCCAUGUGAGGAAAAAGAUGACAAAGACAUUUCCAAGCUGGUGUCUGGCAUCGUUAAAUGUUCCAUCAGCAGGCAGAUCAGCAACAAGACAGUGGGCCCUAAUGAGGUGCCCUCUCCCAUCAGUCAGGUGGUCGGCUCUGUGCCUCUGGAACCCACUCCUGCUGAGGAGGAAUCCAGGAAGUCAAUCUCUCGUUCCUUCAAGGGCACCACAGCCAGCAGCACAGAACCAUGCGAGGACGCCCUGACCCCUGCAGCCGUGUCUGAAUCGGCCUUGAAAGUUCUCAACGGCUGCCUGGCUACCAUGCCUGCAGCCACUAGAAACCCUCCCUGUUUGUCCAGGCCCCAGUCCUUCCUGUGGGUGACUAAAUGGGUAGACUACUCAAACAAAUAUGGUUUUGGCUACCAGCUCUCUAACCAAAGCAUCGGCGUGCUCUUCAAUGAGGGAACACGUCUCAGUCUCUGUGACCAACGCAAGACAGUCCACUACUGCUUUCCCAACAACAAACACUUUACGUUCCCUGCCAACUCUCUACCUGAGCAGCUUCGCAGCCAGAAACAAAUUGUGGAGCUCAUGGCCAACUACAUGGAGCAAAACCUUAUGGAGGGUGGAGAUCUGCAUUGUGAGGAUCAAGUAUCAGGUUGUCCUCCUCUGCUGCUCCAGUGGGUGAAGACGGACCAUGCUCUUGUCAUGCUCUUCAACAAUGGCACAUUACAGGUUAACUUCUACGCAGACCACACCAAGAUCAUCCUGUGCAAGUCAUCCGAUGACUCCUAUCUGCUCACCUACAUCAGCAGGGAGCGCGUCUCAUGCACGUACCUCCUCAGCAUGCUGAAUGAGAUGGGCUGCACCUCCGAGCUGAGACACCGACUGCGAUACGUGGUCCAGCUUCUCCAACACCAUGCUGAUGCCUGAGGGCACAGCUCAGUGCCUCCCAGGCUGCCUGAAGGGCAGAUGCCUUAGAGGCGAUCUGACUGGUUUACACCUCUUCCUAGGCAGCCUGACUGGUUGAUAACAUUUCUCAAGGCAGCGUCGGGGACGAGCUGACGCCUGUUCAGUUGACGGAUGGAAGGCUUCUCGGAGGAGUUGAGCAAAAAUUAUUUUCUGAACUGGUGCUUAGGCAGCUGAUUUUCAGAUUGAUUGACCUUGAUAAACAUCAAGCAGUCAGGAAGUUCUGCCUCAAGGGUUUGUGCCUGUCCAGCUUAUGCCUCAAAGGUAUCCACCUGGAUGGUAUUGAUACCUAAUUUAAGAGACUCCUACCUGGCCUGAAAUGAGGAUCCCUCACAGGCAGAUGCCUAAAUAAACCCCCAAUUACCUUCCUUCACCCACUCCACUCACUCCAAACCACUGCUUCAUGGCUGGAUCUUUCAAAGCCACCAACCAGCCCUGCAGCUUUCAGCUUCCCCUGACAGCCGAUAAUCCAGGCAUGGUUUCUCAAAGGUAUCUAAACACUAAAAUUGUCUUAUUUGCUUGCAACGGAACAAGAAUAAUCUUGCAGCUGGAAUUCUUUUUAGGCUCCAUUUUCCAAAAGUGUUUUAGCAGCAAGGUAAUUUAUGCCGUUGACUUUCAUACAAACUGUGAUCUUACAGCAGAGUUGCUUUGAGAAGAGCUGUGGUUUGAUAGGGGAGAGAGAGAGAGAGAGAGAGACCCCUCCUACCUUCGGUUGGUUUCUGGCCUGUUUGGAAUAUGGUGCACACAUUCAUUUUUUUCCCCCUUGUUUUAAAAAAAAUAUUGAGCCAACUAUAGGAUCACACUACGAUCUUGACCUCACAUGCACAAAUGACAUUCCUGGCCUUAUUUGAUGAUGGCGGUGCUAAAGUUCAGAGAAGGUUAUCGCCUCUUCUGAUCCAACAUCACUGUCUGGUUUUUUUUUUGGUUUUUUUUGUUUGUUUUUUUAAGUUUUGAAACAAAUUUCACUGAUGUGGUACACAGCAUUCUGAAGGGGCUAUGGGAGCAACACAAUUUUGCACUUUUUUUGGGGGGGGGGAUUCAUCUGGAAAGUGAAACCUUUUACUACCACUUAUGUUUUAUUAGUUUUUAACUAGAUACCAAAAGGCGUUUUUCUUUUUGUUUUUUAAAUGACUCCAUUUUAAAUCCACAAUACAGUAGGUGAAUGUGUGUGCCACACGUGCUGGUAAACAGAACUUUUGGUGGGAAAAUGAGGGUGGGGAGGGGGAGGAUAAAAGUGCCUUUCUGAGGGAUGUCUGUAUAGUGCAAUAACAACCCUUUGUGAAUGUCAAGCUGGAUACAAACAAGAUGCGAGAGAUGGGUUUUACUGGUGGGAUUUACUUAUGUACUUUGAGCAAAGUUUAGAAGUAAAUCCAAUAGCACUACACUCUCACUACCUGGUAUAAGCUUUUAGAACAACUGGCAUCAUAAGUAUAUAUCCCAGUAAUAUCUACUAUUGAAAAAAGAAAACAUUGUACUCUGUUGUACUGUAAUCCUUAUCGGUUUACAUUGCUUUCUCGACCCAGAGUUGUAUCCUAAAAACUGUGACCUGGAAUGCAAGUAUUGCGUACAUGUGUUUUCAAAAAACCCAACAUUGUGAAAGCCAUCUGCCAAUUCAGAAGAGUCUUUAUUUUUUGGCACAUAAUGUCCUGUUUAUUUAUUUUUUAUUUAUAAGUGUUUUUUUUAUUUAUUGUUGUGUAAAUGUUGUGGUCUUGACACAAGGAAAUGUUCAAUUCCAAUCACCUUUUGUAUGUAACAUAUUUGGGGG